UCUGUGUUUUUAUCAGUAUUACGGGAUGAUUUCCGCCAAAAUCCCACAGACAUUGUUGUGGCAGCAGGCGAACCAGCUAUCUUAGAGUGCCAGCCUCCUCGAGGACAUCCUGAACCCACUAUCUACUGGAAAAAAGACAAAAUCCGAAUAGAUGAUAGAGAAGAGAGAAUAAGUAUACGAAGUGGAAAGCUCAUGAUUUCAAAUACAAGAAAAAGUGAUGCUGGAAUGUACACAUGUGUCGGCACAAAUAUGGUGGGAGAACGGGACAGUGAUCCUGCAGAACUUACCGUUUUUGAACGACCCACAUUUCUCAGAAGACCAAUCAACCAAGUGGUUUUGGAGGAAGAAGUUGUAGAGUUUAGAUGCCAGGUACAAGGCGAUCCUCAGCCAACAGUACGCUGGAAGAAAGAUGACAUCGAUUUGCCAAGAGGAAGAUAUGACAUCAAAGAUGAUUACACCUUGCGUAUUAAAAAGGCUAUGAGUUCAGAUGAAGGAACAUACACAUGCAUAGCUGAAAACAGAGUUGGAAAAGUUGAGACAUCUGCUACUCUUACAGUUCGAGCUCGUCCUGUUGGUAAGUAGCCAUCCUUCUAUCCAUUUUAGCAUAAUUU